UACAAUUUUCAUAAUAAAACAUGAAUGUUUUGAUAUAUAAGUGCCUUUGAAAAUUCUCUACACCACUCGUACAAAUAAGUAAUAUUUUGUAAAGAAAAUGGAGUAUCUAAUGCUUCUAGUAUAUUUGUGUUUAAUAUCCGCAGUAGUACCUGAUUCCGAUGAAUCGGAUGACCGUCCAGGUGAUACAACAGCAACAAAAACAACUACCACGAUAUAUAGCACAGACAAAACUAACAAGGCUCCUUUAGAGGGAUCUACUACUGCAAUUCUGCCAACUAUUGAUGGAGGCAAUUCAUCACUAACUGUUGCAAUUGUUCUCCCAAUCAUAUGUACAUUGAUAAUUGCAGCUUUAAUUACUUUCUAUAUGUGGAGGCGGAGGAGAACUGCGUCAACCGCAAUUAAUACUUCAGUCAUAAAAGAACCCUCGGCCCCAGAAGAACUUCCACCAGAAAGACAGCCUUAUUUUCAGGACUCUUGUUAUGCUGUUAUACCGAUGGAGCGAGAAAUACAAGAUGACGUAAUGAGUGAUGGGUACAGUGCAAUAGAUGAAAUUGCUAGAGAUGAUGAAACAGAAGUUGCAGUUGGUUACAAUCAUGUUUUACAAACUGACAUUCAAUUCGUCAAUCAGGGCUACUCGCACGUAACUGGUUCAAAUAGUGAUGGACGGACCAUUAAUGACGAAUAUGCUCAAGUCAAUAAAGUGUUAAGAACAAAGGAAGAUGAUGUAGAAGAUUCUUAUAAUAAGUUGAAUAUGCAACAAACAGAUCGCACUAGGGACAACAUAACGGACAGUAAGGAUAUGUACGGUGAAAGCUCAGGAUACAAUCAUUGUUUUGCUGGAAAAUCUAGUCCAAAAUUAGAAGGCGACGGUUACUCACAUUUACAUAGUUGAAUUUGUCGAUAGUUAAACGACUGAACUGACGCUAAACUUUACCAAAAGCUUAAAUAUAUAAAUUAUUAAUUCCAUAAAUACGAAUAAACAUUGACGUUCUAUUUUCUGAAACUAUCUGUUUUUUCCCAAUAGUCUGCCAUUACUUGAAAUCUAUAAAUCAUUGUUACACUGAUUUCAUGUGUGCUUUCUUAAAUGUCAAUGCGUACCUUUGUAAAUUAAUUGUAUGUAUUCCACCUUUAAUAAACUCUGUUGUUUGUUUCAUAAUCCAUUGAAACUUAUGUCACCAUCAGCAUCUCUGUACAUGUGGGUCAUUUGUAACAUGUAUGCAAGUUAUUCACUGAAGACUUAAAACAUAAAAAUUGAUUAGCUAACAUAGAUCAGCAGGGACACUUAAAACAGAGAAAACUAUGUUAAACAUAAUUAUGAAGAUUAAUAAAAUUAAACUGAAGAUCGUAUGCUGAUCUUUUCCAUUGCUUAAGCUAUUUGAGUGAAAAGUGUUGCAGAGCUUUACAAUUUCGGGGCAUUUUUCAUAAUUAAAAUACAUACUGGAGAAACGGCGUGAGUGAAAAAUCUGAAAUAUUCCACACAAGUUAUUGGUCUAGACCUACAUGGAAUGAAAUAUUAACCUCGAGAACUUAUUCACAGUCCCAUCAUGUAAAAGAAUCAAAAUUGUCAUCAUUCUUUUGUGUAUGAAACGCAAUGUAAAUCCUACAACACAUUUGAUAUUAUUUUAAAACAUAAUUAUU